AUGGCUCCUCCUCCAAAAAACAUAAAGUCAAAGCUUACCAUUGACUUGUCAACUAUACCUUCCAUUUCAACUCCAACCGGUCCACUUUCUCCAACAUAUAGUGGAUUAUCUUCUCCCGCAUUAUCUGGUUCCUGGGUUAGCAGCAGGUCUAAUGCAGAGCUUACCGCCGCUUUGAAAGAUGCCUAUACCAAGAUCAGAGAGAAAGACAGAGCAUGUGUUUAUCCGACUAAAACUUGCCCUUCUUUUCUCCCAACCACAAUCCUAUCAGAUCUCACGCUGGCAGCCGAAAUCGGUAAAAGCCUUUUGGAUAAUAAUACACUCUUGAAGCAGCAUUGUGAAGCACUAGUACAGGAAAUAAAGAAACUGCGAAAAAAAACAAGAGGCACAUCGUCUACAAUGAAUACUGCAGAUAAAACGAGCAUAACCAGAAUACCGCCUCCCAAUGGAUCAACCUUCCAAGACGAUCUAAUGAACUCUGAUGAAAGCGAUGCAGACUCUGUUACUUCGAACUUGAGCGAAGAAUCUGAUCUAAUCUUGGCAACUCACCCUCCCAUGCGAAUGGGUAUGCCACCAAAAGAAUACGAAAUCAUACGCAAGCUGGAACUCAGUAAUACAGAACUACACGCCAAACUGGACAGCAUGUCGAUCGAAGCACAAGACACCGACAAGCUUAAUAAAUCCAAGCAACGUAAACUAGAGAGUGAAUUAGAAAAACUCCAAGCUGCAUAUUCGCAAGCAACCCAAAAGAUCGAAGAUCUCGAAGCAGAUAAUGCUCGCAUGUCACAACAAUAUAAAGAAAAGUUACAAGAACUACGUGAUCGGAAGAAACCCACGGAAGAAGAGGAAGACGUACAAUUACUGUACAAGAGAAUCGACGAGCUCGAUGAACAGAACAUUACCCUCGAGAAAUCAAAAGCAGAAUCAGACUCACGGUUGAGAAAGGCGUUACAGGAUAUAGACAUUCUCCGCGAACGGUGUGCUCACCUGGAGGAGAUAUCCAGUGACUUUGACAAACUUCAAGGCGAGUAUGCCGAAAAAGAGAAUGAGAUUUUUGGACUCAGGGCGAUGCUUGAAACUGAGAGAACCGCUUACCUGGGCAUAAAGUCAACCUCACAUACGAGAGCAAAUAGUUUUACGGAUGCAACACUGGGAGGAAGACGACUGUCUGAUCCGGAUGGCCUGCAUGCAGCGCGACUUCAAAAGAGUACUCUGUUGGAGGAACUCGAAGACGAGUGGUUCCGCGACUUGGCUGAAUUCAAGAGAGAGCGAAAGAAAUCUUCUAAUUCAAUGGAGUCACCGCUAUUUUCACCAAUCGCGUCAGAGGCUGAUUUUCGUGAAUUUUAUCGGAGAAACAAAGAGUUCAUUGACAUUGACGACAGGUCUGCAAUUGAUUACUUAUCAGACGAUGAAUUUUCAUACGUUUAUCCGGAUUAUGAGGAAGAGAUGGAAGCCUUGAGGUUAAAGAGAGACUGGUUCUGGAAACGAGGGGCAAGAGCGGUGCUAAAUAUUUUUAGAUGGGUUUGGAGGUGGUGUCGAUUCUUGGCGCUAUUGUUUGCGGCUGUGCUAUUAGCAGUAUGGCGCGGCCCUGAUGAACUAUCGGCGUUUGAUAUGUGA